AUGGCAUCCGUGGAGGUGGUUGGUGAUGCGGAAUUGCGUUCACUACUUCAAGAUAAUGACGGGAAGGUAUUUGAGGUGUACUGGGGUACUGCGACAACGGGAAAACCUCAUGUGGCCUACUUUGUACCUAUUUGCAAAAUUGCCGACAUGUUACAUGCAGGGGCCAAAGUAACUAUAUUAUUUGCUGACCUUCACGCCUAUCUCGAUAACAUGAAGUCACCUUGGAGUAUCCUCUGCCACCGAGCCACCUACUAUGAGACUGUUAUUAAGGCAAUGCUUGAGUCUGUUGGCGUUCGACUCGAUCAGUUGCAUUUCGUUCGGGGUUCGGAUUACGAGCUUUCUAGGUGA